AUGCCUGCUAAAUUCGAUAUUUUCAAGGUUCUCCCUUUGGAUAUUUGGUACUCUGUCAAGGAUUAUCUUCAUCCAGCCGAUGUUGAGAAUGUCUUAAACUCUGGUUCGGCUCUAUGGAAAUAUAUCUUCAAGGACGAAACCUGGCUCAAUCUAGCGAAGACGCAUGAUCGAUGUCUCCCUCUACUGAUUGGACGCAAUCUAAGUGAUUUCAGACCUCGUAGGGCACAGAAUCACCUCUACUGUGCCCUUAUUGCAAGUGACUAUUCAGGUGAUCUUCGUCAGUAUCAGGAUAAGUUCUUCGCGUGUCUCCGGGAUGGUUGGGUUUACAAUAAACAUCGGCACGAGAUCAGCUUCCAAUCUGGCCUUAUUAUUAACAUACAUGAGGUUAUUACCGGCCACGAAGCAGCGGCUCUUCCCCUCGAGCAAAUAUUCUCCGAAGACAGAAGUGGCCUACACUUAGAAUACACUUUCUGUCAUGACCACGGCAUAAAGGUUCUCUCAUCCCAAGAUAUUAUUGGUCUCAAUGGCCCGGCAUACAAAAAAGGGGCCAUAAAACAUGGCUGCUCUCUCAAACUUCUGUUCAAAGGUCAGGACAGACAAUGUAUUCUAGAGCACGUCAAAAAGUCAAAGGACAUAUGGGCAGAAAAAUGGGAUAAAAAAGGGAUGAUUGCCUCAUGGACAGAAAGGCCUGGAAGAUAUACAUCAAGGGGCCCACAUUUCCUAAACUACACUAAUUGA